CAUUUUUCAAAUCUCUUCUUGGUGUUUGGAUAUCCCAAUGAAACACUGUCCCUCGUGUUUGAUAUAUUACAUCAAGUGGUUACCGUCUCCAUCAAGCCUCUUGUGAGAAAUGUCUUUCUAUGGAGUGUUUUCAUAUAGCUUUAUGAAAUCAUUGGGAUGAAAGUUAAGACAAACUGAGAACGUUUUACAAUGUAAUGCGAAGUCUUGCCUGUUAGAACAUUAAUUUUUCUGGUUUUAAAUCGGUCUGCCUUCACCAGUUAAUGCAUUAUUAUUAUUAUUAUUUUUAUUUACAGACUUGAUGGACAUCGAUAUGACCAAGGAACAUUUCAAUCCUAACCGACCCAUUGUCAGUAGCGACGAAUCAGAUGACAGUAACAGUGAAGUCAGUGAUGAUGACGUAAGUGAUGAUGAUGAUGAUAACGAUAAUGGUGAUGAAGAUAAUCGUCAAGCUGGAAGUUAUGACGAUGUUAGAAAAGGUAAACAUGGAAAAUAUCAAGAAGAAAGUGGAGACGAAAAGACAUUACAAAGUCAUGACCAAGGAGAAGGUGCGUGUGGUGUUCUUGGUGAAGACGAACUGUUGGUUCGUAGUGUCGACGACGAAAACCUGCUGAGUUGUGAAAAGAAUUCUAAGUUAUCAACUGAGGAGGGUUUGCUCGAAAUAACCGAGAGAACUGAACUUGUUAAGCUGGAAGAUAGAUAGCACUAGUGGCUUGUCUUCCUGCUGCCUUGAUAAAACCGUAGGAAAACGUAAAAUACACGAAAGGUAUUAAGGUAGAACCCUCCCAUUAAUGAGAGCUCCAAUUACGAGAGCUGCAACAUUUCUGAAAAAUAGUGGCGUUUCGUCCUGGACACUCUCAGUACAGUAAGACCAAAUUGUGUGAUUUACACCCCCAAGCUAGACGACGAGUAUCCGUGAUCUAUACCCGUGGGAGUCCCCUUCUUCCCCCCCCCCUCUCUCUCUCCCCCGGGGAAGAAAAACUACAAAGAUAGCAUAAUAAGCCACAGAUAGCGAGGAUAGUUGAGGUUUGGGACGAUUGAGACGCACAUAAAGGCGGAAACUAAGCCCCACCCCAAAAAAUCGCUUACACGAAGCACUCAAAACCCGAUAACGAAGCACCAAAAGUCUAAAUCGAGACUUGCUUAUUGCGAAACUUGCGAAUAGCUUCAAAUUCGAAAGCGAAGACAAAUUACGCAAAAGUCGAAAACGAAGCGGCACCAAAACGAAACACUCAGUCAAGAUUAAACAUGUGACAUCAAAAACUCUAAAAUGAAGAGGAGGGUUCUGAACACCUGAAUACCGCAAUACCGCGACACUUUAAUCGGCCGAGUCGAAACUUGAUGUCAUACUGAAACCACUACUCUGUGUGUUAGUUUAGAGCAAAUAACAGGGAAACAACAAUAAGGAAUUGUAAUUUUCGAUUUAGACAAAAUAAACAAAAUAAGUUACAUCCAUUCGCGUGUUGACUAAUAAUUAACUAAAAAUAACUUACCCUUUUCCGAUGGGAAACUGGAAAAGGCUCGGAAAACGUUGGAGGACUUGGAGAAUAAUCUUUGAUACCGUCCAAACAGUGUAAAAAAAAAAAAAAAAAAAA